GCAAAGAUGUAAUGCGGAUGUGCGAAGAAGGGGAAGGAACGUCUUCUUCUGAGUAUUAUGAAUGAAAAGACUGAUUUUUUAAUGUUUCUUAUAAAAGAGUAAUAUAUCACUUUUUGAUCAUUGAGGAUCAUACAGCGAGCUAAUCUGGGCUCGUGUAAAACCGGUUCAGGAUGUCGGCCAGUGCGGUGUAUGUGUUGGACCUGAAGGGGAAGGUCCUGGUGUGUCGAAAUUACCGAGGAGAUGUGGACAUGUCUGAGAUCGAGCACUUCAUGACCCUGCUGAUGGACAAAGAGGAGGAGGGGACGCUCUCUCCCAUCCUGGCUCACGGAGGCGUCCGUUUCAUGUGGAUCAAACACAACAAUCUCUACCUGGUAGCGACGUCCAAGAAAAAUGCCAGCGUGUCUCUGGUUUUCUCCUUCCUGUACAAAAUUGUCCAGGUGUUUUCAGAGUACUUCAAAGAGUUGGAGGAGGAGAGCAUUAGAGAUAACUUUGUCAUCAUAUAUGAGCUGAUGGACGAGCUGAUGGACUUUGGUUAUCCCCAGACCACUGACAGCAAGAUUCUGCAGGAAUACAUAACCCAGGAGGGACACAAGCUAGACACCGGCGCACCGCGACCCCCCGCCACCGUCACCAACGCCGUCUCCUGGAGGUCAGAGGGCAUCAAGUACAGGAAGAACGAAGUCUUCCUGGACGUCAUUGAGUCAGUCAACCUCCUGGUUAGCGCCAAUGGGAACGUGUUGCGCAGUGAGAUCGUCGGUUCCAUUAAGAUGCGCGUUUUCCUGUCCGGGAUGCCCGAGUUGCGGCUCGGUCUGAACGACAAGGUUCUGUUUGAAAACACCGGACGAGGGAAGAGUAAAUCGGUCGAGCUGGAGGACGUCAAGUUUCACCAGUGUGUCCGUCUUUCUCGCUUCGAGAAUGACCGCACCAUCUCCUUCAUUCCGCCAGACGGAGAGUUUGAGCUCAUGUCGUACCGCUUGAACACUCAUGUGAAGCCCCUGAUCUGGAUCGAGUCGGUAAUCGAGAAGCACUCCCACAGUCGGAUCGAGUACAUGAUAAAGGCAAAGAGCCAGUUCAAGAGGCGCUCCACGGCCAACAACGUGGAGAUUCACAUUCCUGUGCCAACGGACGCAGACUCGCCCAAGUUCAAGACCACAGUGGGCAGCGUGAAGUGGGUGCCCGAGAACAGUGAGAUCGUCUGGUCAAUCAAGUCUUUCCCAGGAGGAAAGGAGUACUUGAUGCGAGCUCACUUUGGUUUGCCGAGUGUAGAGGCCGAAGACAAAGAGGGGAAGCCACCAAUCAGUGUCAAGUUUGAGAUCCCGUACUUCACCACCUCAGGGAUCCAGGUGCGUUACCUGAAGAUCAUAGAGAAGAGCGGAUACCAGGCCCUGCCGUGGGUGCGCUACAUCACCCAAAACGGAGAUUACCAGCUCCGGACCCAGUAGGCAGCGCCUCAGCCGGCCCGUGGGCAGGUGGAAGCCACGACGGGGUGGAGUCGAGGCGCUAAUGCGCCGGGGACGGCAGGUGGCAGUCAGGAGAUAAGAGGACUGUCAGUAUUUACUUUAGCUGUAUAGCUCUUAAUUCGUUAAACCUCUAUCCAUUCGCGAUCAAUGCAAUUAUUAGAAGGCGGCUUGGGUUAGGCGAGUUUCAGAGACAUGAUUAUGUUACGGUUGAUUGGUGCCGGAAAUGACGGAGACCGAGAAAAGCAGAUGAUUGUUUACACCCACUAAAAACACCACAGAGUUACACACAAUCUGUCACCUGGGGGGGGGGGGGGUCCGAUCGUUCAAAAGAGUUUAUGUUACAAUUCCCACGUGAAGUUACUGUAAUCACCUGCACAGCAGCCAUUCAGUUACAGUGUGUGCUCUUUGUGUGAAGCUGCUUGGUUCUGCCACAGCUCCUCGUCAUUCUGUUCAUUAUUUGUAUAUAUUUGUUACAUGUUAAUGAACUCAGUGUUAUCAGUUGAAUAACUGUACAUUUAAAGCAGAAGAUUUUUGUAAUAUGAGUUGCAUGUGAUGCCAUAGAUACAUGCCAAAAGGUCGCCCUCACGCGUUUUUUUUUUUUUUUUCUCUCGUCUUGUUUUAGUUUCUGUUUCGACUCCACAGAUUUCUUUUUCCAGCUUUGCAAAAGAUACUAAAAAUGGUGAGUUUAGGCUGCACAGGAAGCACUCCCAACACCUGCUUUCCUUCUCCCUGUAACCUCGCCGUUUUCGGUCAUUAAAUGUGUAUUUAGAGAAAACCGUU